UUUUGCCCAAAUGGCGAAAUCGUCGAACACUCUACUGUUUUUUCCGCCGCUGCUGCUGCUGCUACUGUUGCUGCUGACCCGCCCUCAGCCGCUCAAGAGCCAUGCCGAAGUAUCAGCUUCCGCCUUCAACCAAAAUCAGAACCAGCAACAAAACUGGGCCCACUUGUUGCCCAUCAACUAUUAUUCAGCGCUGAACCAUCAGUACUAUAUGCGAUUCCGCAGGCAGGCGCAGGCGCCACAUUCAUAUCCAAAUCGGCGACUAUAUGCAUUCGAAUAUGCGCGUUAUGUUUGAUAGAGGAUGCUUGAAAAAAAGAUUUCACUCUAAAAGUUUAUCAAAUUAUUGAAAUGUAUUUUAAAAACUAAAUAAAUAUGCCAAUACCUUA